AUGGAGAGAGGUUGCGUCUCUCCGGGGCUUACAAAUAUGCAUAAAAACAGGACCAACAGACCUGCUCAUGAAGAAGAGUUAUUAGCUGAUGCAGCUUUGGCAAAAAACAUGCUUGCUUGCAGUUUGCCUGCAAAUGGUACCAACUGCAAGGAAAGAAGGCUUUCAAUUCUGCGCAAGACUUGCAUAAAGCAAGCAGCUCAUUCUCGCAUGAAAGAGGAAACAGAUGAAAAGGCC